GGCAGCGACUCGAUUUGCCCUAGCCGUCGGCCGCGGUCUACCACCACCACCAAGGUCGUGAUGGAUACUCAGCUUCUGAGCUUUAACCAGACCAACCUUUCUAUUAAACCCUUGCAGACCCCACCUUUUCGCUUCGCCGGCGUUCACAAUUUUAAUUAUCCUCGAUCUCUUUCCUUUGCCAAAGGAUUGAGUUUCAACAGAAUAAGGUGUGCAAUGAAGUCUUAUAAGUUAUCAGAACUUAGUUGUGCCGAGGUAGAAAGCCUCAAGGCUCGUCCCAGGAUAUAUUUCUCUUCUACAUUCGGAAUGGUGAAUCCGAUAAUUGAUGCUGUUCGUGGAAGAGGCGAUGCUGCAGUCAAAGAGUCGGUGCUACUUUCAUUCUUUAGCUCAUUUGUUUCAUAUGGCUUUGUUUGGUUAAUGAUUUGGUUUUAUACAUCCGUAACUUAUGGUUUCAUUAGUUUAUGGCUCGGAUUAUGGGCUCUAGGCCAUGUGGUACCCACUCUCCAACCCUGCUCUCACAGAAAAUAAUUUUAUUUUUUGAAAUAUUUCGAAUUUAGGGAAUUUAUUAAUUUCAUGGAACAGUAAAACUAAGGAAAGCUUAUUGUAAAGUGUUUGCUUCAUGGAAUCAAUAAAAUAUGAAAAAUGAA